GAAAUCACACAGAACUUGAGAUGACAUGGGGAGACAUUGUGUAAUCUGUGGAUUAAGUCUGAUCUUAUCUAUGUUAUUCAUUUGAGGAUUGAGACUCUAUUGUGAAUGUACAUAUUUAAUUUGAAGUAUUUUUGAACUGAAACUGUGUUAUUUAUGAAAGGAAGAUUGAGGUGAAGUUUUCAAACUUCGAAUAGAAUUUUUUUGGGGGAAACUGACCAGUGGAGUUAAUUAAAAGAAAAAUCAAAGAAAAUGUCCAUAAUUCCCCUAUCUGAACUGAGAUGCACAGACUUCUUUGGAAAAGAAAUUCUCAAUGGUCAAGACUUUCAGCCUAAGUCCGACCCCUGUUACCAGUGCUCCUGUAGUGAUGGGUUCCCCACCAUGUGUAAGUCUGUAUCCUGCAACCCUCCCACAGACUGUCACAAACCAGUCAUGAUAAAGGGAACAUGCUGUCAGUUCAGUUGUAUGGACAACGGUGGGGGGCAGGGAAUAUUUCCCACUACCAACUCUACAGAUCCAACCAAUAAAAAUAAGGAUGAUGGAAGCAGUGAUAACAUGACCACACUAGGGCUGAGACUAGUCGCCAGCACCAUCACCUCAUUCCUUGUGCUGGCCCUCCUUCUCUUUAUGGGUCAUCGCCUUAGACAACGAAGGCUUCUUCAGGCCAUGCGGCGAUACCGUGACAACAGACGACGUGAGAGGCUUGAUGAAGGGGACGUGGAUAGUUUCUCUCCGGAAUUCUUGGGUUUUGAGUGCCCCUCCUAUGAUGAUCCGCCACCUCCUUACACCCCUCCAAAGCCCCAAGACCAAGUGUUCCCAAGGGAGGCACCCCCGCCAUAUGAGGCAGUGGACACUUCUAACAAUAACAACAAUGCAUCUUCACCUUGUCCUAACAACAACAUAGGAUGUCAGACUUCACCCCAUACAGUGCAAGAUAGUGAAAAUUCAGCUUGUAGCAGAGGAGCAGAAAAUGUUUCCACGCUUUCAAAUUCUUGCAAUCAAAUGCUGCAUAGACAUCAUUCUUUACCAGGGUAUUCGGACCGUGACUCAGGUCCCCCUCAUUCACAUCAGAAUUCUCGAGAGCAGAGACAAGGAAGUUCUAGAUUUUCUUUUCCGUGGCUUAGACAGAGUAGACAAGCUCAAAGGGGUGCUCAGACUUUACCUACGUAUAACAGACACACAGAUCAAGUGAAUUUUUCUCCUGAUUUGUUCGAGCUUUGGGAAGAUACAUCCACUGCCACCACCACUUCUGAGUUCCAAGACCACCCUAGACUGCCACUCCCGGGAAGCAGAUGUGUUCAACCCCCUCAUAUUGCAGAAAUAAGUGAUACUGAUGAUUUGUCUACAGAGAGUGGAAACCACGCCGAUCAGUAUGUCCAAACCAGCCGCCAUAGUUAUGGUUCUUUGCCAAUGGUUUCCACUUUCAAUUCUAACAGAUCCCAUCCACCUUCAAGGAGGGAAAGCAGUGCAGUACCGGAUGUUUCCUCAGUGGAUGAAGUGAGCUUCCAUGGAAGCGAGACCAGGAGUAUGGGUAUGUCCCAUUCCUCAUACAAUCACUCGCUGGAAGGUAGCAAUAACCAGUGUGUUGGGGCUACUAAUAUCUUAGAAAAUGAUUCCGUUUUGGAAGCAGAGGACAAUAUAAGGAAAAUGGAACAAAUUUACGACUCCCAAAAUCUUAGAAUCUUAAGGUUGUCCAAACUGUUACACCAGAAUUCAGACUCUUCUGACUCUGCUUGUGGUUAUUCGUGCAUGGGCAAUUAUCCAAAACUUCAGAAAUCUCAGUCUUCUCACUCUGGCUUGUCUGUCUGCUCAGAGACCGGUGAAAAGAAACUACCCACGGUAGAAGAGAGUGCUCUCAGUAAUGAUGUUCAAUAUCCGUGUUCUGGGAGAAUGCCAUCUAGAUUGACUCAUUCAGAAACUCUGUCCAGCCGUGGAAUCUCGGACCCUUGUGGUUCAAGUGAUUGUUCAUCCCUUGUGAUGCCCACUGAUCCUGGUGAGUGUGAAAGUGGUGCAAGGUUCAGUCCUAUUUCUCAACACGAUUAUUCAUAUUCACCCCAAAGUUUAUCCUCCCGAGAAAGAAACAGUAAUUCCAUGUUAAAUUCUUCCUCUGAAUCUGCUACCAAAGCCGACAGAGGAGGUCAAACGAAAUUGAAGAAACACAAAAGACAAUCUCCAAAGUCAAAGUUGUGCAAUGAUCAAAGCAAUGGGAAUUACAAUAAAAAUGCAAGACUACCAUCUGCUCCUGCAAGACAGUUAUCUUUCAUUGAUGAACUAAAAUCUAGGAAUCAACAAAUUUCUGAUGGGCCUCCCACGCCUUUGUUUCCUGACUCUAAUGGUUGUUCUCAAAGUUCUCCCACAUACAAUGAUAGUUCUGAAAUCUGUGAUAGUCACUGGCAUUCAGCUAAGGUGAAAAGAAACAACAGUGCUGUCUCUCACAAGUCAUCUUCUCAAAGUAGCAGCCAUAGCAGCCACUCUGGAGAUGGUCUGCUUAUCUGCCCUCGCAAGAAAAAAUCUCGCCCUGCCAAACGAAUUCGAAGUAAAAAGACUUCUGAUAAAAGGAAGUCUGUGCAGGACAAUGAACCUGAAAACGCAGAAAACAAACAAUGUAGCUUGGUGUAAAACCAUUGCCAUAACUCAUUGAGAAUUAGGGGAUACAUCGUUGUAUAACAGUUGUGAAAUGUAGACAAUUUUUAUUUAAUUAAGGGCAAGACUUAGGAAUGCUUUCUGAGAACUUGCCCAGUUUACUUUUUAUUUUAUCAUGUUGUCUAGUAACUUAUUCUGUUCACAUACUGAAAAUUUGCAUACAUAUGCAUAUUAAAGAUUGCACACUUGUGAAACUACAAAUGUAUGGGAAUGCCGAUUAGCUGUUAAUCUAGUAACCUCUGUUAGUUUUAUUAAGUACCUUGUCCAUAUAUCUCGCUUUUGCUUUGAGAUUUGUUGGAGGAAUAUUCGUGAUGUUUUUAUUAAGUGCAUAUGUGGAGUGGAAGUCCCAUGUAAUUGUUUAGUAGAGGCUGGAUUGUCUGAAAGUUGCGCUUUUUCCAUCCAAGAUUUUUUGUCUGUAUGUUUAUUUGCAAUAUCCUUUGAAUCAAAAGCUCAUACAACGAAAAGGUCGAAGUCGAAAGAUGAUAUUCAUAUUAGAAGUUGUCAAAAUAGGACUUUUCAUGAUCAAGAGGCAUAGUGUUUCACAAGAACGUCUUGUUACCUGAAUCUAUGGAAUAUAGCAGUUGUACCUUGGUAUCAAUCGAAUGAAAUGGAUAGUAUAUUAACACCACAGGCACCUUAAGUAUGCCCCCCCUUCUGAUUUUUUGGUUUUUUGGGGGUUUUUUGUGGCGAUAAUUUCUCCAAAAUGUGUGGAUUUUCUGUCUAUCUUGACUCGAUUUAUAUUUAGGUAAUCGUUUCAUGCUUUUUGUAAAGCUAAAGAGAUUGGCCUUGUCCAUUUUUUCUGCACCAAAAAAAAAAAAAUCAGAAGGGGGAGGGGUUGGGUAGCAGUCUCCAUACUUCAGGUUCCUGUGAUUAACACACAUAGCUGUGUUACUUAAACCCCACCAGCUCCUUUGCAAGGGAAUAAUAAAUGUUACUUUUCAUACAUAUUAUAAGCCACCAUGAUUGGCAAAAAUUACUGAUGUUGCACUGCAUACAGUUUUGAACCUCCCUUUCCAAUUAAUAUUUUUGCUAUCAUUUUACAUUUAUAGAAUUUCAUACAAAAUUGUUGUCUUCGAUGAAAAUCAUACAUUCCAGCCACCCAACCUAUUUUUCAUGGAUUAGGAAGUAAACACAAUUCCAUUACAGGUUUAUCAGGAAAUGGACUCAUUAACAGAUGGGUUGUCUUUUAAGUCGUGCUUAAUCCAGGAAAUAAUGUCAGUAUUCUGAUUGCACUCUUUCAUAAAUUUGGAAGCAGGUACAAAGGGUAAUUCUGACCAGAAAAUCAUGAAAUAUCAUGCUUGUAUUGAUUUGUGCAAAAUACUCCUGACAUACGUGUAUAUGAAAAUAGACUUCCUCGAGUAUCUAUGUAAAGUUGUUUUGAAAACUUUUUGCUCACUGUUCUCUGUAAGACUUUUAAUUGUUUUGACAUUUUGAAAAAUCAACAUAUGAAAGAGAGCAAAUACAUUAAAUAAAAAUUCGCAUAGAGACUUAAAGAAGUCUAAUGGGAAAAAAUUGUUUGUCUUGGACUGUCUCCCGAGGUCUCGUGCAAUUGUAUGUCAGGUACAACAUUGUACUGUUCAUAUUUGAUGUAUAGUGUAUGUUCAUAUUUGUGCACACUCGUCAAUUUAAACUUGUAUUUGCAAAUGUGUGUAAAUUUGUACAUGUGAACUGGGUAUUGCUGAGGGAUAACGAUACUGUGUUGUGUUUUUAUGUUAUAUAGACUUUUGACAUGUUACCGCAAUCAAGAUUUAGUUUAUGAAUUUAUAAUCAGUAUUGAAAUGUUUUAAGAUACAUGUAAAUUUACAAAGUAUAACUUCAAAAUUAUUGAUGUGAUCUGAUUUAUUAUUCUUUUACUAUAUUUCUAAAUCCUAAUUUUAUUGUUUGGUUUUCUUUAGUUAUGCAGUUUUAUACAUCGUAUGCUUAUUUAAUUCUGAGCAAUUACUGUAUUCAGUAUAGUCGAUUUUGGCUAUAUCAGUUGUGAAAGAUUGUAUUUCUUGUCAGAAUGCAUUUGUGCAUUUAACAUGUUUAUAUGUGAUUUAAGUUGUACUUUUAAAGACUGUUGGAGUGAUAGAAUUGCUGCCACAAAUAGAUAUAAGACUGAUUCCGUAUGAGAUGUAAUUUUCAAAUCUUAUUUCAAUGAGAGAAAUCAGCUGUGGUGAAUGUACAGUUCUGGGAAUUAAUACAGUGCACAAAAUAACACCUUAUUGAUAGAUAAUGUUAUAUCUAUAUGCAAUCAGUUGUAAGACAACAGAAAUUUUACAUGAAUGAAAUUCACAAUAUCUACAAUACAUACAUGUGUAUUACUGUCAGGAGUUAAGUUUUAUCCUGAUACUUGUACUCAAACUAGCUCUGGUAUAAAAUGGGUUUUUUUUCUGGAUGGGAGAGUCCCAGCUGAUACUGGUUUUAAGGUUUGAUUGAUUAGCUACUAAUGAUCUCCUCUGUUACGGAAUGACUGAACUGAUUUACAGGAAUACAUGUAUUUGUUCGUGUUAGUAAGUAUUGCAGAAUCAGUUUUACUCAAGAAAGAAACUCUUUCUUCCAACUUUUCCUAUAUGUGUCUGCAUUACUGUUGAUAGUUUCCUGUGCCAUAUUUAUUGUUACACAUCACACUUUGUAGUUACUAGUCUGUAAAUUAAUUUAGCAUCAUCAUUAGAGAGUACGGUACAUGUAUUUCGUACUUUAUGAUAUACUGAAUGUGAAUUUACAUGCAGCAUCAUUAAGCAGCAUGUUAUUUCUCUGUUUUGAAAUACAUGUACUGAACAUGAAUUUCGCUAUUUAAGUGCACGUUUCCAAAUCUUGUACUUAAUAAAUAGAAUUGGGUAGAUUUUUGGAAUAAACAUUACCUGAUGUGUACAUUUCACUAUUUUGUGGACUCGAAAGUUAAUAAAAUUCCUCAUAAUA